UGAAUGCACCUUUUACCUUAUCAUUUGAUUUCGAAGGAUACAUAUGAUUUUAAAUGAGUAGCAAGGUUCUAAUGUGUGUUGUAGGCUUAAUUCUCUUAGUUGUUUAAUCAUCUUGGUUGCAUUUCUCAAAUAUCUGUAUUUAGGAUCAAAAAACAGUCAAACUAGAUUUUAAUUUCUAAGCUAGUUUAUUUAAUUUUUUACUUCAACUCACCCUGCUAAUUUUUUUUAUUUUCUCUUGUUUGUAAGGAUGAUAUUAUCUCAGAGAUUGAGGAAAGAAUAUCAUUAUGGACCUUUCUUCCUAGAGAAAAUGGAGAAGACAUGCAAAUUUUGCACUAUGGAGUUAAUGAAAGCUACGAACCACAUUUCGACUACUAUCGGGAUAAUUCCGAGGUAGUGUCUGGUGAGAAUAGAAUUGCAACAAUUUUACUAUAUCUCUCUGAUGUUUCUCAUGGUGGUGAAACAGUCUUCCCGAACUCUGAGGUAAAAAACACUCAACAAAAGGAUGAGACACGGUCAGAAUGUGCUGUGACUGGCUAUGCAGUGAAUAUUGUGAAGGGCAAUGCCCUUCUAGUUUUCAAUUUGAAUCUUGAUGCUACGCCUGAUGAGCGUAGUCUUCACGGCAGCUGUAAGGUGCUUGAUGGAGAGAAAUGGAUCGCAACAAAAUAUAUCCACGUUGGAGCAUUCAGCGCCACAAAUGCCACAAAGUCUCUGGCGGCUUCCAGUGACGUUGAGUGCACAGAUGAGGAUGACAAUUGUCCGCGGUGGGCUGCAAUUGGGGAAUGCCAGAGGAAUCCAGUCUUCAUGGCAGGCACUCCUGACUACUAUGGAGCGUGUCGGAAGAGCUGCCACAUUUGCUAGAUCUUCCAACUUAACAUGGAAUGGUUGCUUCCAUUAAUCAUGUACACGUGAUGUCUUCUUUGAAACUAUCGUGAUUUUUUGUAGUUUAUUUGGUAUUUUAGAACGUGUCUGUUGAUCUUUUUCUUUUCUUUUUUUUUUCUUGGAUCUUCAGUCUUUUUCUGUAAAAUCAAUAACAAUGCUAGCGGAGCAGAAGAUAGUACUCAGUUUUCAGAUUA